UACACCGACUGAGUAAAAGUCAAGAUGGCGACCGAGGGUCAGUCCGAGUACGAGUCGGUCCUCUGUGUCAAACCUGAAGUCAAUGUUUACCGAAUCCCACCGAGAGCAUCCAACCGGGCUAUCAGGGCUGCCGACUGGAAGUUGGAUGCUCCUGACUGGACGGGACGCAUGCGUGUGACGGCCCGGGGCAAAGUGGCCUAUGUGAAAUUGGAAGACAAAAUCUCUGGGGAAUUGUUUGCCCAGGCACCAGUGGAUGAGUACCCUGGCAUUGCAGUGGAAACAGUCAGUGACUCAAGCCGUUACUUUGUGCUCCGCAUCCAGGAUGACAACGGCCGCAGUGCAUUCAUAGGGAUAGGAUUUGGAGACCGAGGCGAUGCCUUUGACUUCAAUGUUGCACUUCAGGACCACUUUAAAUGGGUAAAACAGGAAAAUGAAUUUACCAAGCAGGCGCAGGCUCCAGACUCCACUCCAAAACUGGACCUAGGCUUCAAAGAAGGACAGACCAUUACUCUCAAUAUUGGGCAAUCAAAGAAGAAAGACAGGUCUCGUCCGCAGAGUUCUGGUGGCUUUGGGCUCCUCCCACCUCCUCCUGGGGGCAAGCUAGCCCCACCCCCUUCAUCCAGAUCUACUAAUCAUAAUACACAACCACCUGCCGGAGGAAGUGACACUGGUUGUUUGCUAGACCUGGACUCCAGUAACUCCAACUCAGUGGCUCCAUCCAACCCCACCACCACAGCCACCUCGGACCUGUGGGGAGACUUUGACUCUGUAUCCCCAAAGUGAGGAGAGGUUCACUCUGCUUUCUCCCUCUUAUCUCUCUGUAAAUUUAUGCACCACUUUUUGCAACUUUGUUUUCCCCAUCAAGGGGUCCCGUAUCUCUCCCUGCCAAGCAGGGUAACCCCCUGUACUAGUUUGUUUUUGCUUUAGCUGAGUUUCUCAUGGCCUUUGUUCUGAUUUUAGCCUGAGAUGCACCCACACCUCAAAGCACAGACUCAAUUACAAAGAUUUAAAGCUAUUGGCCAUCACCUUUCAUUGUCCUUCUUGGGGCUUGUCUGUCCUCUCUCCUUCUGUGUAUCCAAUCUAGCUCUCUGGUUUCCAUUUUCCUUUGCCCCUUUUCUCCUGCUUACGAUGUUGUAUUUGCUCAUUUCUAGUAGAAAAAAUAGAAAUAUGAUCAAGGGAGACAUAAUCAGAAUCAUCUGAUGAUGUUGAUGAAAACUGAUAAAAUAUAAUAAUGAAUGAAUUUUAUGUACAGAGAAUAUUUAUUUUAAAUGUAUAUAUUGUCAGUAGUUUGUAAGUAUUGCCAUUGGUGUCGUCACCUGUAUGUACUGUAGCUCAUUUUUCUUCAAGUCUCCAGCAGUGGGACUGACUAUAUGCACUGACUGACAGUCUAGUCUGUCUUUGUAGUUAGUAAUGCAUAGUCUGCAUUAAACGCAGGGAUUGUUUAAUAAUAGAUUUAGAUUAUUGCGAAGUUUAUCACAAAAUGAUUUUACUUGAAAGAAACCUGUUAAGCUGUAACUGAUUUACAGAGCAGAUGUGCUCUCUAGCACUCUCUAGUGGGCUCGUGUGGCUCUACAGCAUCAUUUUACGAGAGGAGAUAUCAAAUUUAGAUGCAGUUGUUGAUCACAUAUUUAGGGGAUUGGUCCCGGGCAUUGCGUAUAACUGUAUAUCAGUACAAAUAGACAGGGAAGUAAGAAUGCUUGAUGCAAUAGGGUCUUAGCAAAGGAAAGUGAGGCAUCAAGUGCUUUUAUCUUUGACUCAAGGGGAAAUGGAGAUGAUUUAGUCCAUGUUAUGUCAUCUCUACUCAGCACAGCUGUUAAUGCUGCGACUGGUGAGUCAUUUAGGUCAUGACCUCUUUCCUCCUCAAUGAAUAGGUCUGUGUUUCUGGACAUGUCUGGGAGGGGCUUCGUCUCCUUAAUUCUUCAUGAGAAGGUCAGCAGGUUGUAGACCUCAAUCACAGCAUGUUGUACUGUAAGAACAAGUUUUAACUGUGAACUUCAAUUCCAUGUUAAGCUGUAAUGUUAUAAAUGGUAUUCUGAUGCAGACAAAUGCAAUGUGGGACCAAGUUCGUCUGUGUUUGAUGCAGUGUUUUGUGGUGAUAUUGUUAUGUACCGAGAGAUGGAUCAUGUUACAGUGAUAUCACAUGCACAUGCGUCGUGACAGGUGAGCAGUGACAAGUGGUGUGAUGAUGGAUGUCGAUUGGGACACACAGAGAGUGUGUGAGUGUAAAGCCCUAACAAUGUUUGUCAGUGUUUGUUUACUGUUCAAAUUAUAUGCAUUUUUCCCAAAUGUUACUUGUUAUUCAAACUGUAUAUGUGUAUUGAAAUGUAUAUGGAAUUGAAUAUGCAAAGAAAAACAAAUAUAUCACUUAAUGACCAUAACUUUACUUUGUUGUUU